UGUCUUUUGUCGUCACCGGAUGUGUGCAGUUUCGAAACAUUGACGGAGUCUGCAGCUGAUUCUCUAGUAGCACCGCUAAGGUGGACUUCCAAGAUGGCGGGUCCGCUCCUGGAGUUUGAGACCGAGAUGUUUUUGAGUCUCUUCGAGUCCGACGGGCUGCUGGUUGCGGCGGAGGGGCUGGGGAUAGACCGCAUCCUGCUACAGUUCAUGCGGGUUUACUCCGAGGAGGGCAGCCUGGUCCUUCUCCUCAACACAACCACAGCUGAACAGGAGUAUUUCACAGAGCAGUUGCGAGUAGAGGGUGUGACCCAUCUGCCCAGGACGGUGACCAGUGAUGUCCAGAGUGCUGAGCGUUACAAGGUCUACACUGAAGGAGGGGUUCUGUUUGUCACCAGCAGAAUCCUGGUGGUGGACUUCCUCACUGAUCGCAUCCCUGCUCACCUUAUAUCAGGCAUCCUGGUGUAUCGUGCUCAUAAAAUUAUUGAAUCGUGUCAGGAGGCGUUCAUCCUUCGUUUGUUCAGACAGAAGAACAAGAGCGGCUUCAUUAAAGCCUUCACUGACAAGGCCACGGCCUUCUCCUCUGGCUUCUGCCAGGUGGAGCGUGUCAUGAGAAACCUGUUUGUCAAGAAGCUUUACUUGUGGCCAAGAUUCCAAGCGUCUGUGAACACAGCGCUAGACAGGCACAAGCCAGAGGUGGUGGAGCUGCAUGUGUCAUUAACGGCGGCUAUGAGAGCCAUCCAGAGCUCCAUCCUGGACAUCAUGAGUGCCUGCCUGAAGGAGCUGAAACGCUACAAUCCUACUCUAGAGGCCGAGGACCUGUCACUGGAGAACACUCUAGGAAAUGCAUUUGAAAAGACAAUCCGUCAUUACCUAGAUCCCCUUUGGCACCAGUUAGGAGCAAAAACAAAAGCCCUGGUCCAGGAUCUCAAGGUUCUCAGGGUUCUCCUUCUCUACCUCACCCAGUAUGACUGUGUCACCUUCCUCAAUCUGCUCGAGUCACUGCGCUCCAGCCAAAAGACCUUCGGCUCCAAUUCAGGCUGGCUUUUCCUGGACUCCAGCACCUCCAUGUUUGUGAAUGCAAGGAGCAGAGUGUACCGUAUCCCUGAGAACAAAAAGAAACUCAAAAUAGGCAGAGAAACAGAGAAGCAGAAAUCCUCCUCUGCCUCAGAGCUGAAGCGGGACCUGGUGCUGGAGAAGAGUCCAAAGUGGGAGGUCCUGACCGAGGUGCUGGAGGAGAUUGAAAAGGAGAACAAGAACUCUCAGCCUGAAUCAGGUCGUGUGCUGAUUUGUGCCAGUGACGACCGGACCUGUGCGCAGUUGCAGCAGUUCAUCAAACACGGCUCUGAUUGGCUGCUUAACCAGCUUUAUGCCCGGACGAUCGGUAAACGGGACCCUGCUGCUGCGGCGGCGGCGGCCUUUGAACUGGAAUCACACAAGAAGGGAAAAGGUUGGAUGAAGAAAGGAGGCAAGGGGAAGGAGCCUGCACAGAAAAGAAGCACUAAGACCACAAAAAACAAAAGCAGACCUUCUCUGACCCUGACCCAGAUGAUAGGGAAGGAGGAGUCUGAAGAAACAGGAGUGAUGGGUAGCAGCGAGGAUGAAGACAAUCUGAUGGACGGAGAUGAAGGCAAGGAAGAACAGCUGAACUUAAAUGUUUCCUCUGAUGCCUAUUAUGGCGUCCUUAAAGAACCGCUGACAGUCAUCCACCCUCUGAAAGGCUGCACCGACCCACAUAGCCUGACCCGAGUGCUGCAUGAGGUGGAGCCCAGCUUCGUGGUGCUGUAUGAUGCAGAACUGAGUUUUGUUCGCCAGCUGGAGAUCUACAAAGCUAACCGGCCUGGAAAGCCUCUCAGAGUGUACUUCCUGAUCUAUGGAGGCUCCACAGAGGAACAGAAGUAUCUGACGGCGCUAUCGAAGGAAAAGAAAGCGUUUGAGCAUCUGAUCAGAGAAAAAGCAACUAUGGUCAUCCCAGAGGAGAGAGAGGGGCGGGAAGACACCAACUUAGACUUAGCCAGAAAUUUAGAGCCUGCCAACGCCACAACUAAUACCCGGAAAGCAGGGGGCCAGGAGCAGCCCACAGAGCCCUCCAGCGUCAUCGUAGAUAUGCGGGAGUUCCGCAGCGAGCUGCCUUCCCUACUGCACCGCCGCGGGCUGGACAUCGAGCCCGUCACCCUCGAAGUGGGCGACUACAUUCUGACCCCUGACACCUGCGUCGAGCGCAAGAGUGUCAGCGACCUGAUUGGCUCAUUGCAGAGCGGGCGCCUCUACACCCAGUGCCUCUCCAUGACCCGCUAUUACAGAAAACCGGUGCUGCUCAUCGAGUUCGACCCAGCCAAGCCCUUUUCCUUGAUGGCUCGGUCGGAUUUCUGCAGAGAAAUCUCAUCAAAUGACAUUUCUUCCAAACUUACGUUGCUCACGCUGCAUUUCCCCCGGCUCAGAAUACUGUGGUGCCCCUCCCCACACGCCACCGCCGAGCUCUUCCUGGACCUGAAGCAAGGCCGUCCUCAGCCCGACGCUUCUGCAGCCCAGGCGGUCACAGCUGAGUCAGACGUGGUCGGUGAAUCAGCGGACCUCUACAACCCUGGACCUUAUGACUUCCUGAUGAAGAUGCCAGGCGUUAAUGCAAAAAACUCCAGGGCACUGAUAAAAAAUGCUGCCAGCCUGGCAGACCUGGCCCAGCUGAGUCAGGAAAGGCUAGCAGGAAUACUUGGGAAUGCUAAUAAUGCUAAAAUGCUGUAUGAAUUUCUGCAUAAUGUUGCAGAUGUUCCUGCUCCUGUGCAGAAGACCAAACAGACACGAUGACAUUCUAAUUAUGUAGAAUAAGACAUUUACCUUGAUGAAGAUGAGUUUUGCAUUUUAAGAUAAGUGAAAUUACUAUCAAAUGGACAGCAGUAGAACUUUGUAUUUCAUUGAAAGGGGAUUGGAUAUUACGUAUGUGUGCACAGCAAACUACAAUAAGUGUUUUUAUUUAUUUUUCAUUUAAACUUAAAACCCUGUAAUAAAAUCUUUUCUCGGUCAGCUUUAAGUUUUUAAAAAAUAAAGGUUUGAUGGACCAGUUACUGAA